AUGGACAGCGCUGUCGAAGGCGGCGAUAAGGCGGAGGCGUCGCCUCUGGCAGUGCCUCGCCAGAGGGCGCGCGCGGCGCACGACGCUGACAUGGCGGAGAACACCGUCAACACCGUCACAGAACGGAGCUAUGGCCUGCACUUCUGGAGCCUUUCACUCUCUGUCUUACUCAUUGUGGUUGUCACAAUAAUAUUAAUCACAGUGUACCUUGCUGAUGGAAAGGCAGCAGUUCUGCUUGGAGUAUUUAUUCCCCUUCUUGUUGUUACUGGUGUUGUCAUUGCAUUGCUCUGGCGGCGACAAAGGCAAACUGUUAUUGUCCGGCAGAGGAGCGGGCCACAGGAAGUAACUACGGUGCCUCCAGCAGAUCCACAAGAGCCCACUGCUCCUCCACCCUCUGCAAGAUCAUCCUGGAGACCAUGGCGGCGAAUGUCCAAUUCGAGCAGCAGCCAUUCUUGGAUGAUAUGGCGCAAAACACAAUAUAAUGAUGUUCCUACCUCUCCACCUUCCAGUGCAUAACUCAGUUUCAGCAGGAAAGAACAUGCCUUAAUUUAUACAUGUUUAUAUAAAUUCAUAUAUUUUUAAUAAAUUAUUUACCUUUAAUAAACAAA